UAUCCUCACUCUGAGAGCUGUGCAUGAGACAUGCAACGAAGAAUUAUUUUUUUUAACAGCUAAAUUAAGCACAGAGUUUUUGCUUUAAGAGUUCAUGUUUUAAAUGGAUGAUCAUAUUUCCAAACGGGACACGCAAACAGAACUGAUUAUGAGUUUUGCGUGCAAAAUGUACAAAGUACAUCGGUAGGGUAAGUUUAGCAGCAGGUGUGGAGGUGCAGUUGAAAGCUGACGCCACCAGCCUGAGACUUAUCAGGUACAAUGUGAGUUGGAUUGCAACACCACUGACAAAAAGAUUAAAGCCGAGUCAGGCAGCAUUUUUAAACCGGAGGCUGAAGUAAAAAGUGCACGGGAAGGAUGGACACACUACACCCGCCACAGCAAAUGGCUACAAAAAACAAAUGUAAGGAAGACAACGAUGAGAAAAAUGGAUAUAAAAGUAAAGAAAUCAAAGCGAGCCCUGCACAUUCCACUGCGGCUCUGAUCGUGGAUGAGCCGGAGGAGACAGAUCCAUGGGACCUGCCAGAACUGAAGGACGCGGGUGUCCCGUGGUCAGCUCUGGAUACCAAAGGGAAGGUCCUCAGAGUGCUGAUAUCAGUGGGGAAGCUGAUUCUGCUUUUAGGUUUCCUCUAUAUGUUCGUCUGUUCUCUUGACAUCCUGAGCUCAGCUUUCCAGCUUGUGGGAGGUAAAACGGCAGGUGACAUCUUUCAGGACAACGAAAUUUUGUCCAACCCUCUGGCUGGUUUAGUCAUUGGUGUUCUGGUCACCCUGCUGGUCCAGAGCUCAUCCACUUCCUCCUCCAUAGUUGUCAGCAUGGUCUCGUCUGGUUUGUUAACAGUUCAGGUAGCCGUUCCUAUCAUCAUGGGCACCAACAUCGGCACCUCGGUCACAAACACUCUAGUCGCCAUGACGCAGGCUGGUGAACGCAACACUUUUCGGAGAGCUUUCGCAGGGGCCACAGUGCACGACUUCUUUAACUGGCUCUCAGUGUUGGUGCUGCUGCCUCUGGAGGUAGCCAGUGGUUACUUGUUUGUGGUCACCAAGCUCAUCACUGAUUCAUUCGAAAUCCAGAGUGGAGAGGCCCCAGAUCUGUUAAAUGUGAUCACUGACCCCCUCACUGAAUCAAUCAUAGAGCUGGAUGCAUCUGUGAUUAGUGGGAUUGCCACCAACGAUCCAGAAGCUAAAAACAAGAGCCUCAUAAAGAGAUGGUGCCAAACCUUCACCAACACAACCUUAAUGAAUGUCACAGUUCCUGGUCCAGAGAACUGUACCUCUCCUUCUCUGUGCUGGGUUGAUGGCAAUUAUACCUUCACGCUAAAGAACAUUUCUCAGACAUACAAUAUAAAGAAAUGUACACACCUCUUUGUGGAUGUGAAUCUGUCUGAUAUGGCGGUGGGUCUGAUUCUGCUGGCUCUCUCUCUGCUCGUGCUCUGCUCCUGCCUGAUCCUCAUAGUCAAGCUGCUCAACUCUAUGCUGAAGGGACAGGUGGCUGUUGUCAUCAAGAAAGUCCUCAACACCAAUUUCCCAUUUCCCUUCGGUUGGGUCACGGGCUACAUCGCCAUUUUAGUCGGUGCUGGAAUGACCUUCAUCGUGCAGAGCAGCUCAGUGUUCACUUCUGCCAUUACGCCACUAGUUGGCAUUGGUGUCAUCAGUAUAGAGAGAGCGUACCCACUGUGUCUUGGUUCAAAUAUCGGCACAACCACCACAGCCAUUCUGGCAGCCAUGGCUAGUCCCGGAGAAACUCUGGCUGACGCUCUACAGAUUGCCCUCGUGCACUUCCUGUUCAACAUCUCUGGCAUCAUUCUGUGGUAUCCCAUUCCAUUUACCCGCGUCCCUAUCCGGUUGGCUAAAGGUCUGGGCAACAUCACGGGCAAGUACCGCUGGUUUGCUGUAGUCUACAUCAUCUGCUGCUUCUUCGUUUUACCGCUUCUCAUUUUCGCCCUGUCGCUGGCUGGCUGGAAGGUACUGGUGGGCGUGGGUGUUCCUCUACUCAUCAUGUUGAUCAUAAUCAUUGUGAUCAACAUACUACAAAAGCAGAAACCUGGGUGGCUGCCUGCAGUCCUGCGAUCCUGGGACUUCCUCCCACUAUGGGCACACUCCCUGGCUCCCUGCGACAAAGCAGUUGGGGUUUUAAUCGCAAAAUGCUGUUGCUGCUGCAAAUGCUGCCAAGCUGCAUCCGACGACCAAGAAGACAGAGCAGAACAAUUGGAAAAUAACAAGACAACACACACAGCAGUAUAUGACAAUCAUGCAAUGAGUGUAGAGAAUGAAGCGGAAGAUGGGAUGAAAAUAGAGUUAAAUAUCCUGAAAAUGACCACGCUUUGAGAUUUGAUAUUUUAAGUGCAGUUGUGGUCAGAAGUUUACAUGCACUCGUCAUGGCCAUGAACGUAACUGUGAUGUUGGAGUUCUAAUGAUUUCUUUAACUGUUGUUUUUCCAGGGGGGAAUUAAGCCAACUUACAGGACUUUAAAAAGCAAGAACUGGGUGCAAGUUUGAAUGUAUUUUGAAUUUUCUCUAAUCCACACAUGAUCGAAAUUAUACAUAAACUCAUUUAGGUUGUGCUGAUAGUUGUACAAUGUUAUUAAAACGCCUUUUUUCAAUUCUUCAAUUCAAACAAUUCUCUGUAAGUACAAGUUAUUUGUCACCACUUUGCCAACUUCUCGAAGAAGACCCCAACUCUCACCCCUUAGAUGACAGGGAAUUGUUCAGGAACAUGUUGAGAAACCACAAAGGCUCAAGCCUGCCAUGAACUGGAAACUGCUGGAAAACCAGCAGUAGGAACUGAACAAUUGAAGCAUGUUUUACAUUGCCAUGGACUGAGACGGCGCUGACCAAGACAGAAGUCCUUGCUCCAAAAUCGACACCUUAAACAACUGAUCUACAAUUUUCAGCUGCCCACGUGGACAAGCCAAAUGCCAAAUUUUAUGGUCAGGUGACACAAAGAUUGAGCUGUUUGAUCACAAUGACAAGAGGUAUGUUUGGAUGGUUAAAGGUGAGGCUUUCAAACCUAAGAACACAAAUUUAUGGAUUAUGCUUAAAAGCCAGGUUUUUGCCAGGAGACCAGCCAAUUUAAACCAAACUCUGCCAAGACUGAUGGAUGCCAAAAGUAUCUGGUCGGACUGCAACUUGAUAAGGGACAUUUAAUCAAAUAUGUCAUUUUGACGCUUUGUGGAUGAAGAAAUUCCAAAAUAAAUUCAAACAUGUGCACCCUAUUGAUAUUUUUUACUGUCAUUAAAGAUGUAUGCUGUCAUUCCACCAUGGAAAAAGCAGUUCCAAGAAAUCAUUAAAAAUCCAAAAAUCUCCACGAUGUAUUUAAAGUUCCUACCACAACUGUAUGUGUGUGACUGUGUGUGAUGCAAAGAAACAUACUAAUGGACAUACUGUAGUGUAACAUAGGAAAUGACUGCGUAGACGAAUGCACUAAAACGUUACAUCGUUAACUGAAGUGACCUUGAAAUACUAGUGGAAAUCUAUAAUUAUAUUAAUGUCAGCAAAUCCUAUGAAAGGAUGAAAACCAACCACUUUAGUUUCUCAGAGUCAUCAUAUCGCGGCCCCAAACCUAACCCUAACACUAAGGCUAGCCAAUCAGAAUGUGUGUAUGUGUGUUUUUUUCACAGAAUAUGUAAUAUUUGUUUUGGGUCUUUUUUAAAUUUUUUUCUCCUGAAAGAUCCUCCUUUACUUUUUCCACAGCAUACUAUUAGAGUGGGGUUAGGGUUAUUAACUAUGAUGACUUAGAUCUCGGAGUACUAAUACUUCAUAAUUUAGCAAGUUUAUGAUUUUAACAUCAAAUCCGUUUGGCCUUGCUGAAGACAUAAAUGCAGCAAACAUCAGUGCAAUUCUAUUAACCUUAUAAAGGACAUCAUCAUUUCUUAAAGCAGCUUGCUACUUUAAUUGUUUUUACCUUCAUUAUUUAAAUGAAGGGAAAUUUUUAUUUGACUAUUUUUCUGCUGUAAAUCAGGGCACAAGACAGGGAACUGUGACAGUGCCAGUCAAAUACUUUCACCCAGACAUGUUGAUUUUCGCUGUUUGAAAUUUUGCUAUAAAAAUGCUUUUUUUAUUUAUGAGUCCUGCUGAGUUGGUGAAUUUAAAUUUUAAUAGUUCCCUGGUUCAUGAUUAAACACUUGAAAAACCCAAAGGCUUCAACUAAACUUUGUGUUGUGUCAUUGUGUCAGUAUGCCAUCAUGAUUUUCUGCCUGCUCAUUGUUUGCUGAUGAACAUUUAGCUCAUGUGUAUAGCCUCAGAACUGGUAGCAUCGCUAUAAAGUGGUGCAUGAUGUGACAAUUUUUAGCUACACAGACAAAGCUAGACUCAAUCAUGUUGACUUUGGUCUUUUAAAUCAAUUUGUGUGUGGAUAUAAAAAUGCAGAAUAUCACCAGUCUUAUCCUUUUGACAUUUGAGUAACUGUAUUGUCAUGAACUAACAUAACAUAACAUUUAACGUGCUAACUGUGGAGUCUGAGAUGUAGUGCUUGUUUUUUUGUUUUUUGUUGUUGUUUGUUUGUUUUUUUGCAGUUUCAUUGACACACCAACCUGUCAUGUUUACCUAGUUUCAUCAUUUUCCCAUUUUUGUAUUUUUAUACAGAGACAAAAAAAAUCACUGUGUAUAAAAGACACAUUCAGAUCUUUAAAACAUCGUUUUAAGGUGUAGUAUAACUUUGUAAUUGAAGAGGUAAUUGUAUUCAAGGAAUAUAUAGUCCGGAAUUAGAUGAAUGCACAUCUAACAAUUUGUUUUUGUUUGUUUAAUUGUGAGUUGUCCCUCCCAAAAAAAACUGUGUUAAA